AUGGAUGCACAAACCGAAUUCACACAUUCUUAUACAAGCGCCUUGCCCAACAUCAUAUAUCACGUGCGUGCUACUGCAAUUGAAACCUCAAGCAAUAAGGACCACUAUGAAAAGGUUUUGACUGCUCCCCUUGACUAUCUGCGGGACAUACCGGGAAAAGGCAUACGCAGCCAACUGAUUGAUGCAUUCAACGAGUUCCUUCGUGUACCGAGCGACAAACUCGAUGUACUACGCCGGGGUGCCCCUGCAGCACAUCAUAUCUUUAGAGUAUCUCAAACAACAAAUUCAGCCAACCAUGGAUACUUCGUUGCUCAGAGAGAGCUCACAAAUCUUUUAAGUCCACAUGCAUUCUCCAUUUUCAUCGAUGAGCUUAUAAACUUGCAUCGUGGGCAAGGAAUGGAGCUUUACUGGAGAGACUCAUUGCAAUCUCCGUGCGAGGAGGAAUACAUUCAGAUGGUGCUAGAAAAGACUGGUGGUUUCUUUUCGUCUCGCAGUCCGAUGGAUGUUAGCUGA